UCCUAUUUUCUACUUGGCUCCGCCUUUCCUCCAAUGUUGAUACCAAAACAAGAAAGCUAUUCUACAUUGAUGUAGCUCCUAUUUUCUACUUGGCUCCGCCUUUCCUCCAAUGUUGAUACCAAAACAAGAAAGCUCCUAUUUUCUACUUGGCUCCGCCUUUCCUCCAAUGUUGAUACCAAAACAAGAAAGCUCCUAUUUUCUACUUGGCUCCGCCUUUCCUCCAAUGUUGAUACCAAAACAAGAAAGCUCCUAUUUUCUACUUGGCUCCGCCUUUCCUCCAAUGUUGAUACCAAAACAAGAAAGCUCCUAUUUUCUACUUGGCUCCGCCUUUCCUCCAAUGUUGAUACCAAAACAAGAAAGCUCCUAUUUUCUACUUGGCUCCGCCUUUCCUCCAAUGUUGAUACCAAAACAAGAAAGCUCCUAUUUUCUACUUGGCUCCGCCUUUCCUCCAAUGUUGAUACCAAAACAAGAAAGCUCCUAUUUUCUACUUGGCUCCGCCUUUCCUCCAAUGUUGAUACCAAAACAAGAAAGCUCCUAUUUUCUACUUGGCUCCGCCUUUCCUCCAAUGUUGAUACCAAAACAAGAAAGCUCCUAUUUUCUACUUGGCUCCGCCUUUCCUCCAAUGUUGAUACCAAAACAAGAAAGCUCCUAUUUUCUACUUGGCUCCGCCUUUCCUCCAAUGUUGAUACCAAAACAAGAAAGCUCCUAUUUUCUACUUGGCUCCGCCUUUCCUCCAAUGUUGAUACCAAAACAAGAAAGCUCCUAUUUUCUACUUGGCUCCGCCUUUCCUCCAAUGUUUGAUACCAAAACAAGAAAGCUCCUAUUUUCUACUUGGCUCCGCCUUUCCUCCAAUGUUGAUACCAAAAACAAGAAAGCUCCUAUUUUCUACUUGGCUCCGCCUUUCCUCCAAUGUUGAUACCAAAACAAGAAAA